CACAGUGAUGCUACUACUGUUAUUAUUAUUGCCUACUGCGGUGUUUAGUGCCGCAUCUCAUGCUGUAAGCGCUGUAAAAUCACUCAGAGCCGAUACAGAUACAGCAGAUACAGAGCGCCGCGCUGAUCCCCAGAAUAUUUACAAUAUUUCUUAUACCGCGAAUUUUACUCAUAUCUGAUCCGCGCGCGGGAGACUUUUAUUUAUUAAACCGCGAGAUUAGAUCAGCGUUAGCUUAACACAGCUAACAGCGACUAUGCUAAGCUAAUGCUACGCGAUACCUAAUCAAUUGUGAACGACAGUUAAGUAAUUACUUAUUAUUUAACUACAUUAUUACAGGUUUUAUUUAUAAUUUCUUUCUCAUUUAGUCUGGACUGUUCAUUUAAGAUAACCAGGAGCUAAAACAGCCAGAUAGCGUACUACCGUAGCAUUAGCUAGCGGUAGCUAAGCUAAUUAACAGACAUCGGCAUUCGCGCCAUUAAAGAACUAAGUUAGUUAGGUUAAAGUAAUACAUUUGGUAAGUUAACUAAAUAUUAUCUAAAGAGGCUAAAUUAGGAAAAUGGAUUUAUUUGGAGAUUUACCGGCGCCAACUAACGCAGGAUGUAAAAACGAAGCAUCUCCGGUGGAGGAGAAGACAGAGGAGAUGGAUGAGAAGGUGGAGGAACGAGGGGAAAAGAGGAAACGAGACGGAGAUCUGGACCAGCAGCAGGUGGAGGAGAAAGAUGAGGCAGAAAAGAAAGUUUGUAAAGGACUGGCUAAGCUGAAGGGUGUUGUAGCAGCGAGGCGUGGAGAGCGGGAGGAGAUGCAGGAUGCUCAUGUUCUUCUGCCAAACCUCAGUGAAUGCAUGAAGACCCUACCAGCACAAGUGUCAAGGUUGUCGUAUUUUGCUGUAUUUGAUGGCCACGGUGGAGCACGAGCUUCUCAAUUUGCUGCUGAAAAUCUGCAUCACACAGUGAUCAGCAAAUUCCCUAAAGGAGACGUGGAAAAUCUGGAUAAGCUGGUGAAGAAAUGUCUUCUAGAUUCAUUCAGGCAGACUGAUGAGGACUUCCUGAAGAAGGCCUCCAGCCAGAAGCCAGCAUGGAAGGAUGGGUCCACAGCUACGUGUCUGCUUGUUGUGGAUAAUGUUUUGUACGUAGCCAACCUGGGGGACAGCAGAGCUGUGUUGUGUCGUAUAGAGCAGACGGACAGUGGUGAUGAAAACUGUGUAACUCUGGCUCUCAGUAAAGAACACAACCCCACCAUCUAUGAGGAGCGCAUGAGGAUACAGCGGGCUGGAGGGAGUGUCAGAGAUGGACGUGUGUUAGGUGUGCUGGAGGUGUCCCGCUCUAUAGGUGAUGGUCAGUAUAAACGCUGUGGGGUGAUCUCCACACCCGACCUGCGUCGCUGCCAACUCACCCCAAAGGACCGGUUUGUAAUCCUGGCCUGUGAUGGACUUUUCAAAGUUUUUUCUGCAGAAGAAGCCAUUAAAUAUGUCAACAAGAUCCUGCAGCAGGACAGCGGCGUGGACGGUAAGGCAGGGCAGACGCUGGAAGAGGCGGGUCGUUACGAGGAGGCCUGUCAGCGAUUGGCCAGUGAGGCUGUGAGGCGGGGCUGUGCGGACAACGUUACUGUUAUUCUUAUUUCCAUCGAGUUCUGAUCAAUUUUUGCAUCCACACAUACACACACACAUGCGCACACACACACACACCAUAUACACGCACUCACACACCAUAUACACAUACACAGGACCUGACCACUGAAAUUAAACAAUAAUUUUUGAGUUUCUUUUUUUAUGUGUCACUUUAUAAUGCAUUUUUCAUCAUUUGUGUGUAGUUACAUUAAAAGUAAUUGAAAAAAUAAUAAAAUGUACAUGUACAUAAAAUGA